CAGCCGCAGCGACUGCAGCCACGGGAGCCGCCGCACAUUAUGCAAAGCGGCGGCAGAUGCGAGCGGGGCCAGCCGGGCGCGCGUCGGCCUCCCCUCCCAGCGGCUCGCCCCGCCGCCGCCUGACUCUCCCGGGAGACUCCCCCGGCCCGGGCCCGGGGCCGAGGAGGGCCGCGAUGGCCUGAGUGCCCGCGGCGCGGCGGCGCAGCAGCGGGAUUGCACCAUGGGGAACCAGGACGGGAAGCUGAAGAGGAGCGCAGGUGAUGCCUCGCACGAAGGCGGCGGCGGCGGCACCGAGGAUGCGCUGGGGCCCAGGGACGUGGAAGCCACAAAGAAGGGGAGCGGGGGCAAGAAGGCGCUGGGCAAGCACGGCAAGGGGGGAGGGGGUGGCGGCGGGGAGUCGGGCAAGAAGAAGAGCAAGUCGGACUCCAAAGCCUCGGUGUUUUCCAACCUGCGGAUCCGGAAGAAUCUGUCCAAGGGGAAAGGCGCCGGCGGCUCCCGCGAAGAUGUGCUGGAUUCCCAGGCCCUGCAGACCGGGGAGCUGGACAGCGCUCACUCCCUGCUCACCAAGACUCCGGACCUCAGCCUGUCGGCGGACGAGACCGGCCUGUCGGACACCGAGUGCGCGGACCCUUUUGAGGUGACCCGGCCGGGGGUGCCUGGGCCUGCCGAGGCGAGGGUCGGGGGCCGGCCUAUCGCCGAGGAUGUGGAAACUGCCGCGGGGGCGCAGGAUGGACAAAGGACCAGCUCGGGCUCGGACACGGACAUCUACAGCUUCCACUCGGCUACGGAGCAGGAGGACUUGCUUUCCGACAUCCAGCAGGCGAUCCGCCUGCAGCAGCAGCAGCAGCUCCAGCUCCAGCUCCAGCCGCAGCAGCUCCAGGAGGCCGAGGAGCCUGCAGCGCCCCCCAGCGCCGUCUCCCCUCAGCCCGGGGCCUUCCUGGGCCUGGACCGGUUCCUGCUGGGGCCGAGCGGCGUGGCUAGGGAGGCCACGGGCAGUCCGGACACUGAGCAGGCGCUGUCCGCGCUCUCCGACCUGCCCGCAAGCCUGGCCGCCGAGUCCCCGGCGCCCCAGCAGCCGCCGUCCCCCGGCAGCCUCCCGGCCUCCGAGGCGCCCAGCCUCCCGGCGGCCCAACCCGCGCCCAGAGACUCGCCGUCCUCCACGGCCUUCCCGUUUCCCGAGGCCGGACCGGGGGAGGAAGCGGCCGGAGCCCCGGCGCGGGGGGCUGGGGACACGGACGAGGAGGACGAGGAGGAUGCUUUUGAGGAUGCGCCCCGGGGCUCUCCGGGGGAGGAGUGGGCCCCGGAGGUGGGAGAGGACGCCCCUCAGAGGCUGGGGGAAGAGCCCGAGGAGGGGGCGCAAGGACCUGGCGCCCCCGCGGCCGCUUCCCUGCCCGGCAGCCCCGCGCCCAGCCAGCGCUGCUUCAAGCCCUACCCGCUCAUCACCCCCUGCUACAUCAAGACCACCACCCGGCAGCUCAGCUCGCCCAAUCACUCCCCGUCCCAGUCCCCUAAUCAGAGCCCCAGGAUCAAGAGGCGGCCGGAGGCCUCCCAGAGCCAAGGGUCCAGAACUGCCCUGGCCUCCGCGGCCGCCCCAGCCAAGAAACACCGGGUAGACGGCGGCCUCGCGGGCGGCCUGAGCCGCUCGGCGGACUGGACGGAGGAGCUGGGCGCCCGCACGCCCGGGGCGGGAGGCUCCGCGCACCUGCUGGAGCGCGGGGUGGCCGCUGACCGCGGCGGUGGGGUGUCCCCGGCACUGGCCGCCAAGGCGUCUGGGGCGCCCGCGGCUGCGGAUGGCUUCCAGAAUGUGUUCACAGGGCGAACGCUGUUGGAGAAGCUGUUCAGCCAGCAGGAGAACGGGCCUCCAGAAGAAGCAGAGAAGUUUUGCUCACGGAUCAUUGCCAUGGGGCUUCUCCUUCCUUUUAGUGAUUGCUUCAGGGAACCAUGUAAUCAGAAUGCCCAGACGAAUGCAGCUUCGUUUGAUCAAGAUCAACUUUAUACCUGGGCUGCAGUUAGUCAACCCACACACUCGUUGGAUUAUUCAGAAGGACAGUUUCCUAGGCGAGUCCCUUCCAUGUGGCCACCAUCCAAACCUCCAGAUGAAGAACACGAGCUCAAGGAUGCUGAAGCAGAGUCUCAAUCUGCUGUUUCGGAAACUCCAAAAAAACGCUUGGAUGCUGUCCAGCAGGAAGUUAUUGACAUGAAGUCUGAGGGACAGGCCACUGUAAUUCAGCAGCUGGAACAGACCAUCGAAGAUCUGAGAACCAAAAUAGCUGAACUAGAGAGGCAGUAUCCUGCCCCGGACACAGAGGGGGCCAGCGGUCGCCAAGGGCUUGAGAAUGGAGUGACGGCCUCCGGAGAUGUCUGUCUCGAAGCUCUCAGGUUAGAAGAAAAGGAAGUUCGGCAUCAAAGGAUUUUAGAGGCAAAAUCGAUACAGACUUCCCCGACAGAAGAGGGCGGGGUACUGACACUGCCUCCUGUGGAUGCACAGCCGGGGGGUCCUCCCUGCUCCCCUGGGGCUGAAAGAGGACCUCAGACAAAGUUCUGUUCAGAGAUUUCUUUGAUUGUGUCUCCAAGGCGAAUAUCAGUCCAGCUCAACAGCCAUCAGUCCGCACAGAGCACCUCACAGCCUCCACAACCUCCAUCCCUUCUGUGGUCUGAUGGUCAAGGACAGCCUGGGUCACAGCCGCCCCAUUCCUCUCUCUCUACCGAGUUUGAAACCAGCCAUGAACACUCUGUUUCCUCUGCCUUUAAAAACAGCAGUAACAUCCCAUCUCCACCACCUCUGCCUUGCACAGAGUCCUCCGGCUCCAUGGCUGGCCUGGGCAUGGUGCCUCCCGCCCCUCCCCCUCUCCCUGGCAUGACAGCACCUACUCUACCCAGUACAGGCAUUCCCCCACCUCCCCCUCUGCCGGGUACAGAAAUGCUGCCACCGCCUCCCCCUCCUCUUCCUGGAGUGGGCAUACCUCCCCCGCCCCCACUUCCUGGAGUGGGAAUACCUCCUCCUCCCCCUCUACCCGGAAUGGGAAUACCCCCUCCUCCCCCUCUACCCGGAGCGGGACUACCUCCCCCUCCCCCACUUCCUGGCGCGGGCAUACCCCCUCCUCCCCCUCUACCAGGAAUGGGAAUACCUCCUCCACCUCCUCUACCCGGAGUGGGAAUACCUCCCCCUCCCCCACUUCCAGGAGGAAUACCCCCUCCGCCCCCUCUACCCGGAGCGGGAAUACCCCCUCCGCCCCCUCUACCCGGAACGGGAAUACCCCCUCCGCCCCCUCUACCCGGAGCGGGAAUACCCCCUCCUCCCCCUCUACCCGGAGCGGGAAUACCCCCUCCACCCCCUGCACCCCCUCUACCCGGAGUGGGAAUACCUCCUCCGCCCCCUCUGCCUGGUACGGGGAUUCCCCCACCUCCUCCCUUGCCAGGUAUGGGGAUUCCACCUGCUCCAGCUCCCCCACCCCCUCCACUUGGGACAGGAAUCCCUCCGCCCCCUCUGCUUCCUGCAUCAGGCCCUCCACUCCUCCCACAAGUCGGGAGUAGCACUUUACCAACACCGCAAGUGUGUGGAUUUCUUCCUCCUCCAUUGCCAACUGGCUUCUUUGGAUUAGGGAUGAAUCAGGACAGAGGGAGUAGGAAGCAGCCCAUAGAGCCUUGUCGACCAAUGAAGCCUCUUUACUGGACCAGAAUUCAGCUACACAGUAAAAGAGACUCCGGUACUUCACUUAUUUGGGAAAAAAUUGAAGAGCCAUCCAUAGAUUGUCAUGAAUUUGAGGAAUUAUUUUCUAAAACUGCUGUAAAGGAGAGAAAGAAGCCUAUCUCUGAUACCAUCUCAAAGACAAAGGCUAAACAAGUGGUCAAGUUAUUAAGCAACAAAAGAUCACAAGCAGUUGGAAUACUAAUGUCUAGUCUUCAUUUAGAUAUGAAAGACAUACAACAUGCUGUUGUGAACUUGGACAAUUCUGUGGUUGACCUGGAGACCCUUCAAGCUCUCUAUGAGAAUGUGAGUAAUAGAAGGACGUUUAUGUCUAGUACUCGACUUACGACCACGAUUGGUUCCGACAGACCAGCCGUAACACGAUUUGGUCGUAAGUUGAGUAGGCUGUAUGCACGCAGAGAUGGUAGUGCUGCCGGAAGCUGGCUGUAUGCACGCAGAGAUGGUAGUGCUGCCGGAAGCUGGUCCACACUGUCGUAUGUCCAGCUGGGCAACGUUUGCGCUGCCAGACGCAGAGCAGUCGUGGCUAGCAAUUGUGGUCAUAAAGUCGAAUGGUCUACAAUUCAGUUGCAGAUGGUAUAUGGGUCUGGGGUGGUGGAGGUUAAAGCACUUGGUGAAAUCUGCAACGACAUUGAGGAAUCUGAAUCUUUGUUUUUUUAUUGUUGUUAUUCUGUUUUACAGACAUUAAAAAAUGGCCCAGGGGUUAUGCAGGUUCUAGGUUUGGUUCUUGCCUUUGGCAACUACAUGAAUGGAGGCAAUAAGACUCGAGGACAGGCAGAUGGCUUUGGAUUGGACAUUCUUCCAAAGCUGAAAGACGUCAAGAGCAGUGACAAUAGCAGAAGCCUUUUGUCAUAUAUUGUUUCGUAUUAUCUCCGAAAUUUUGACGAGGAUGCUGGAAAAGAACAGUGUCUGUUCCCACUGCCAGAACCCCAGGACCUUUUUCAGGCCUCACAGAUGAAGUUUGAAGAUUUUCAAAAAGAUCUCAGAAAACUGAAAAAAGACUUGAAAGCCUGUGAAGUUGAAGCAGGGAAAGUAUACCAGGUCUCCUCAAAAGAGCAUAUGCAGCCUUUCAAAGAAAACAUGGAACAAUUUAUUAGUCAAGCCAAAAUUGACCAAGAGGCAGAGGAAAAUUCACUGACAGAGACUCAUAAAUGCUUUUUGGAGACUACAGCAUAUUUCUUCAUGAAACCAAAACUUGGAGAGAAGGAGGUGUCCCCAAAUGUUUUCUUCAGUAUCUGGCAUGAAUUCAGCUCUGACUUUAAAGACUUCUGGAAGAAAGAGAACAAACUUAUACUACAAGAGAGAGUGAAAGAAGCUGAAGAGGUGUGUAGGCAGAAGAAGGGAAAAUCACUUUAUAAAAUAAAACCAAGACAUGACUCUGGAAUUAAAGCAAAGAUAAGCAUGAAAACUUGAACAAUGAGAAGCAGAAUGAAAAUGAAUCAUUGCAACGACUUUCACAAAACUCAGCUGACCUGAGGGUGGGAAGGAGUCUACUGUCAUUCUGAUCAUUUUUCUUCUGGACCUCUUGCAUAAUCUUUUCAUUUUCUAGACAGUUCACUAAUUGUUGAAUUUUAUUGUAUAUUCAUAUAAAAAUGCAAAAGUACUAGACCAGUGGAGAAUUUGACACUUUUCUUUUUGUAAAAGUUUAUGGUAUUAUACGGAUAGACCAAAACAGCAUGUAUAAGAGGCAGUAUCUGCACUAAUUCUGAACAUGCUAAACAUUAACUAAAAUUCACUGUUGUGAGAAUAUUCCUUGUCACAGCAAAAACACUUUCCUUUCUACUGACAACCAGUCCUCCACAUCACAGCAUCUAGACAUAUGGAUAAAAAUGUUAUUUCUAGUGAAUUGUUUGUAUCAGUUUCAUGUCUACGUAUAAAUUUUCUACUUUAAAAUUUACCAUUUAUAAUCAGUGCUGUCCCAACUCUUGGGUUGCUCUCCAUAACUAUGUAUUUGUGAAAUAAGAUUGUCGUUUUUUUACUCAAGUCAUAUAAUAAAUUUAGAAAAGAUAUAGCAAAAGAAAAACUCUUUCCUGUAAAUGAUUUAAUGUUGGCAAAAAUCAGUUGUAAAUUUAUAGAGGGCUUUAUCAGGAUAGGUCCUUUGAGACCCCUUGAAAAGCUAGUCUGCAGCAGAGGUAAGUUAAACGAAAAAUGUGCCUCUCUAUAACUUUUUCAUGACACUUCACCAAAAAAGAAAAAUCACUCAAUAUUUUGAAGGAAUUGAAAUAAAUGAUGCUUAUAAAAUUGCCAAACGUGACUAUCAGCCAAAAAUGAAAUAAAAUUUUUGGAGGGAUUGGCAUCUGCCCAGAACCUGCUGAGUAAACAUGCCUGAAUAAGUCAGCUCCUAAUGCAUUGUGAUGGUUUUGUCUAACAGGAGAGCUGGGGGUUUUUAAAAUUACUUUUAAUGAUCUUUGUUACAAGUUAUAGUUGUGGAUAAAGGGGAGAAUUUAUUGCUCUUGCAAACCAAUUAUGGAAAGCAACUUAAGAAAAACAAUGUUCUAAAUCAUCACUGUUUGUAUUUAUGUAAAGUACGGUCUCUUACUUUUUAGUUUGUAGUUUAAAUGCAAAGAAACAGUCGUGGUUUUUUUCCCAUUGUUUUGUAGUAUUCCUGUCCCCUUCAGUCCUUCCAGUGUGUAUAUUACCAUUCUCCAAUGAAAUAAUAGGGCAUUUAACAAAGAUCGCUAUGUGCAAUAUUGUAUUUAGUGUUUCUAUUUCAAUUUUUCUAGGAUGUUAAUUUAUAUGAAAAUAAAAUGAAUAAUAAAAGAA